AUGCCUCAACGAAACAUAAUAGAAGUGUAGAACAAACAUUGGCAUUGCGAGGAGAGAAAUAACAAUUUUUCAGUGGAAAGGAAAGGAAAGGAAAGGAAAAGGGAUUUGCAAAGGGGGUUGUUUUUCUUUCCUUUUCAUUCAUCAUCUCCAUAUAUUGAGGAAGAAAAAAGAAAAGAAAAAUAAUAUAGGGAGAUUGAUUUCAUAAUAUAUAUACCCCUUAUUAUAUAUUAUAUUUUUCUUUCCUAUUUUCAUUUCUAAACCCUUUCCCUUCAAUUCUUCUCUCUCUUUUUUUUUCCAUCUCAUCUUCUUGAAUUUGCAUUAAUACACAUUGUGGAGAAGCUAGAGAAGAAUGAGAGACCAAAGGCCACGCCUUUAAAGGCAAAUUUUUGGGUGCACAUUUGCAUAUAUAAUGAGCCGCAUUGUGGGUAAUUGUUGGAGAAAAAUAUCAUUGGUUAUUAUGGGGUUGUGGAUUUGAAGGGAAAAAUUGGAGUCUUGAUUGAUUUCCAUUGUGUUUGUUGAGAAAUGAGUGUUUCCGCCAGUGUUGUGGUUGGAUCUCAUGUAUGGGUUGAGGAUCCUGAGGUAGCUUGGAUAGAUGGGGUAGUUGCUGAAGUCAAUGGUGAAGAGAUCACAGUUAACUGCACGUCAGGGAAGACAGUUGUAACCAAUCUAUCCCAUGUGUACGCAAAAGAUACUGAUGCGCCUUCUUGUGGCGUGGAUGAUAUGACAAAACUUUCUUAUCUGCAUGAACCAGGAGUUUUGCAGAAUUUGAGAAGUCGAUAUGACAUGAAUGAAAUUUAUACUUACACUGGGAGCAUAUUGAUUGCCGUGAACCCCUUCAAGCGGUUACCCCAUUUAUAUGAUAAAAGUGUGAUGGAACAGUACAAAGGCAUUGCACUUGGGGAGCUGCCCCCUCAUCCGUUUGCUAUUGCUGAUGCUGAUGUUGAAAAAUACAAAGUAGGGAAUCCUAGGACAUUUCAUUAUCUGAACCAAUCAAAUUUUUUUGAACUAGCUGGAGUGGAUGAGUCAGAGGAAUACCUGGCAACGAGGCGGGCUAUGGAUAUUGUUGGGAUCAGUCAUGAUGAGCAGGAUGCUAUUUUUAGAGUAGUUGCUGCGAUUCUUCACUUGGGAAACGUUGAAUUUGCAAAGGGAACAGAAACUGAUGCUUCAGAACCUAAGGAUGAUAAGUCUCGGUUCCAUCUUAAGAUUGCAGCUGAACUAUUCAUGUGUGAUGAGAAGUCUCUUGAGGACUCCAUGUGCAAACGUGUCAUGGUAACUCGUGAUGAGACCAUUACAAAGUCCCUCGAUCCACAAGCUGCAGCUGUCAGUAGAGAUGCUUUAGCCAAGAUAGUUUACUCAAGAUUGUUUGAUUGGAUAGUGAACAAGAUCAAUAAUUCUAUUGGCCAAGAUCCUGAUUCAACUUUCUCAAUUGGUGUUCUAGAUAUCUAUGGAUUUGAGAGUUUCAAGACAAACAGUUUUGAGCAAUUUUGCAUUAAUUUGACCAAUGAAAAACUGCAGCAACAUUUCAACCAGCAUGUUUUCAAGAUGGAGCAAGAAGAGUAUACCAAAGAGGAAAUUGACUGGAGUUACAUAGAGUUCAUUGAUAACCAAGACAUUCUUGAUCUUAUAGAAAAGAAACCUGGCGGGAUCAUUGCUCUUCUUGAUGAGGCUUGUAUGUUCCCAAGAUCAACAUAUGAAACCUUCGCAGAAAAGCUAUAUCAGACUUUUAAAGAUCAUAAGCGGUUCAGCAAGCCAAAGUUGUCCCGGACUGAUUUUACUAUUUGCCACUAUGCUGGUGAUGUCACUUACCAAACUGAGUUCUUUUUGGAUAAGAACAAGGAUUAUGUAGUUCCAGAGCACCAAGCAACGCUUACUGCUUCAAGGUGCCACUUUGUCUCUGGCUUGUUUCCACCUUUACCUGAAGAAUCUUCUAAACAGACCAAGUUCUCCUCUAUUGGCGCUCGAUUUAAACAACAAUUGCAAGCAUUGCUUGAGACACUUAAUGCCACAGAGCCUCAUUAUGUUCGUUGUGUGAAGCCAAAUAAUCUUUUGAAGCCAGAAAUAUUUGAGAAUCAAAAUGUACUCCAGCAGCUUCGUUGUGGGGGAGUUCUGGAGGCUAUUCGGAUCAGUUGUGCUGGCUAUCCUACUCGGAAACCGUUUGAUGAAUUCUUAAGCCGGUUUAAGGUCCUUGCUCCUGAGGUUUUAAAUGGAAGUAUUGACGAGGUCGCCGCUUGCGGGAGACUUUUAGAGAAGGCUGGCCUCAAAGGUUAUCAGGUUGGUAAAACAAAAGUGUUUCUUAGAGCCGGUCAAAUGGCAGAAUUAGACACCCGCCGAAAUGAGGUCCUUGGCAGAUCUGCUAGCAUAAUCCAGGCAAAAGCUCGCACAUAUUUCGCUCGCAAAACUUUUUUGUUGUUACGGGUUUCAGCAAUCCAAGUCCAAGCUGUUUGUAGGGGCCAACUUGCACGGGCUAUCUACGAGUGCAUGAGGAGAGAAGCUGCCUCUCUGAGGAUCCAAAAAGAUGCACGCAAGUACCUUGCACGGAAAUCUUAUGGAUUGCUGUGCUCUUCAGCUGUUUCAAUUCAAGCAGGAUUGCGUGGCAUGGCUGCUCGAAAUGAGCUUCAAUUCAGAAAGCGAACAAAUGCAGCUAUCUUUAUCCAGAGUGAUUGGCGGAGAUACUUGAAACGCCUACAUUAUAGGAGGAUGAAGAAAGCAGCAAUUGUGUUACAAUGUGCCUGGAGAGCUAAAAUGGCCCGCAGAGAAUUACGAAAGCUAAAGAUGCUCGAUUUGGACUCGAGCUCGGUAUUUGAUUGGUCCCAGAAAUUCGAGCUUGGCCGGGGCAAAGAUGCGGUCAUGAGGCCCUCCUCUGGCGAGGAAGAGACUCCGGCCCUAGUUCCAAAACCGGCGAAGGACAACAAGAGAAAAAGGGCAUCUACUUCCGAGGAUCCAAAACUUAAGACAAGGACGGCUCGUAAGCCGAGGAAUAAUACCAUCCCUUUGACCGAAGAAUCAGUUCGGCAUCUAAGGGAUGAUGAAGAAGAAGAAGAAGAAGAAAACAACGGGUCCAUACUGGUGGCCCGAGUGAAGAAAACCAUUGAUGCCCCAAAGGCAGCUGCGUCGAUGGCGGUUGAUGAGGCUCCAUCUUGA